GCAGGUGUGAGGCUCGCGUGAAGGUUCUUGAUGCCAGAGGCGCGAAUGGUCCAAAGGUGAGCAGCUGAAGUCCGAACUAACUCCGACUCCUGUUCGGGAUGUUGCUAUUGGAGACGGAGAUGAUGGUCUUUGGCUAUUAUGUCAUGGCGUUUUCACGGGACAUCCUGGAACGGCUGUCUAAUUACUCCCGGACCGGGAGUCUCGUGGACCCGCAGACCCACACGUUCAUAGACGCGCUCGGGCUACAAUUCCACCUCGAACCGACUUACCUGGAGCCGGUGUGCGCGCGCCUCUCCUACCUGCCCCUGAGCGCGCACAUCAGCCUGUACGACUACUCCCUCGAACCCGCGUUCAUCCGCAAGCGCAACGAGCGCGAGAGGCAGCGCGUGCGUUGCGUUAACGAGGGAUAUGCGCGCCUCCGUCAGCAUCUUCCGUACGAGCUCGAGGACAAGAGACUCAGCAAGGUGGAGACGCUGCGCGCGGCGAUCGGUUACAUCAAACACCUGCAGGAGGUUCUGAGCGCGGGGCUACCGUGUGGCUCCGUUUCCUCCCCAGAAGUGACCGCGUGGAGCCGCGACGGAACGUCCUAAAUGUGCCCCGCGCGGGGACAGAUUGGAAUAAGACAGCACUGUAAAAGUAUCGCCUGUUUCUUGGUACAGGUGCAGCAUCUCGAUUCUCAGACAAAUGUGUAGCCUAAAUGUUCAGUCCUAACUUGUGUUCUACACGGUCAGGUUAUAUGCUGUUAAAGUGCAGUCCUAUUGUGUUCUACAGGGUCAGCCUCUCUAUCUCUCUCUCUCACACAUACACACACACACACACACACACACACACACACACACGUUUGUGGUAAUUUGCUAAACACUUUUGUCCAAAAUUAAUUGCAAAUUUUCAAAGCGUGAUGUAGGCUAUUUAUAUGAUUGUGUGUGUGAUGUAUAUUGUGUGUGACGUGAUAGUGUGUGUGAUGUAGCCUAUAUGAGUGUGACGUGAGUAUAUUGUGUGUGUGAUAGGCCUAUAUAUGAUUGUGUGUGUGAAGUGAUUGUGUGUGUGAUGUAUAUGAUUGUGUGUGUGAUGUAUGAUUGUGUGUGUGAUGUAUAUGAUUGUGUGCUGAUUUGAUAGCAGGACUAGUAGUAACGUCUGCUUUUCCAUCCUGGUAACAGUACUGAUUGAUGCAGUAAUUAGUAAAAUAAGACAAUAAUUAGUCAUUACAGUAUAGAAUAAGACAGCAAAGGUCUAGGCUUUAUAUAUUAUAUAUAAAUAAGACAAUAAAGGUCUAUAUAUAGUAGGCUAGUACAUUCCCAGGUCUGCUCUGCAGGCUAUGGCUUGAAUGUUAUUUCUCAUGUUUUGGACAAAAGUGUCUAAAAGUGUUAAAGGGAUAAAAGUGUCAAAGGUGCUAAAUGACUCAAGGUCAACUGUGUGUGUGCUGUAUAGAUGACUCAAGGUCAACUGUGUGUGUGCUGUAUAAAUAAACUUGACUUUGAAUAUGAA